AUGGCCACGUGCGACGCGAGGUACACGUUCACCACAGGGGAUGUUGGAGCAUAUGGUCGGGAGAGUGACGGGGGAGUAUUCAGGGAGAGCGUCUUCGGAUCCACGCUGCUGAACAACGAGGCCAACCUCCCCCCGCCAGCUCUUCUUCCUGGGACAACAGUCCAGUUGCCCCACGUCCUCGUCGGUGAUGCUGCCUUCCCUCUCCACAACAAUCUGAUGCGGCCAUACCCUGGGGCAGCCCUAUCUGAGGAGAAGAAGGUAUUCAACUACCGCUUGUCCAGAGCCAGGAGGAUCAUUGAAAACACGUUUGGGAUUAUGGUGGCGAGAUGGCGAAUCCUUGGAUGGCCCCUCGAAUGCCUUCCAGAGAAAGCCACAACAAUUGUGAAGGCCUGUGUGGUGCUACACAACUACCUCACCUACACUGAUGAGGGCAACACUGAACCCUGCCGCUACAUAACGCCCUCAUUUGUUGAUGUGGACACAGUGGGACAGCUACAAGAGGGUGAGUGGCGAAGAGUCACUGCAGGAAGCAACGGCCUGGAGAACCUCGCCCCCCAUCAGCUAACCCGUGCACGGUCCACACGGGCAGCCAGGGCUGUGCGAACAGAUCUCACCGCCUUUUUCACUUCUGACAUUGGAAUGGUGCCAUGGCAGUACGACAUCGUACGGCGAGGACUGCUCAAUCCUGUAGAGCAUUAG